CACAUGACUUAGGACACCAUGCCUACAAAAAUCCCAAGUUGGUGGACAUUCUUCGGGAUAUCCUCUGACGUUACAACAUGUCAUUAGCUUGCCUCUGCAAGUUAAGGAGGAGACAAUCCUCCCUGCCGGAGAUCCUUAAUAUGUCAUUAACAUUCUAUCAGAGGUAGACUGCAUGUGCCUGUAAGAGCUAUAACAUUUUUAUUAUUAAAAAAGAUGAAAGUUUAUUUUUCACUUUUCCUAUUAAGUGACUGGUGAUAAAACAAACAAAAAGGCUUAGACUUUUCAUUUUCUGGUUGCCAAACAAACUUACACAAAGCAAUAGCAUGAUACUCUGCUACAGCCGAUUGUUAUGCAGCAGUUCAACUCGUGCUCUUUCCACGCUUUCUCACUGCAGCUUAUCUCAUUCCCCACACCACUUCAAGUUUCCACCUUUGCAUUUGGAAUGUGAUCAAUACAAAAGUGCUACUUGCUUGGAAGAUGCCCAUCAGCUUCAUUUGCAGAUAUACAAAACUGGAUUUACCAAUGAUGUCUUCUUGUGUAAUACUCUUAUUAAUGCAUAUAUCAGAUUUGGCAGUUUGGUUUCUGCACAGAAACUGUUUGAUGAAAUGCCGCAGAAGAACCUCGUUUCUUGGUCUUGUUUAAUUUCUGGCUAUACACAACAUGGCAUGCCUGAUGAGGCAUGUAUUUUGUUCAAAGGGAUCAUUUGUGCUGGCCUCUUACCAAACAACUAUGCCAUUGGUAGUGCUCUUAGAGCUUGCCAAGAGAGUGGUCCAACUAGGCUUAAACUCGGGAUGGAGAUUCAUGGCUUGAUGUCCAAAUCUCCAUAUUCGUCAGACAUGAUUUUGUCUAAUGUGCUUAUGUCCAUGUAUUCAGGUUGCUCAGCUUCCGCUGAUGAUGCUUAUCGUGUUUUUGAUGAAAUGAAAAUUAAAAAUUCUGCCUCCUGGAAUUCUAUCAUAUCGGUUUAUUGUCGUAAGGGAGAUGCAAUUUCUUCUUUUAAGCUAUUCUCAAGCAUGCAAAGGGACGCUACAGAGCUUACGUUCAGGCCUAAUGAGUAUACCUUUGGUAGCUUGGUAACUGCUGCUUGCUCUCUAGUUGACUUUGGGCUGAGUUUGCUUGAGCAGAUGCUGACCUGGAUUGAGAAAUCUGGAUUCUUGCAUGAUCUAUAUGUUGGUAGUGCAUUGGUCAAUGGGUUUGCAAGGUAUGGUCUAAUAGAUUAUGCUAAAAAGCUUUUCGAGCAAAUGGGGGGUCGUAAUGCAGUAACUAUGAAUGGGUUCAUGGUUGGAUUGACGAAGCAGCACCAGGGUGAAGAAGCAGCUAAGAUAUUCAAGGGAAUGAAAGAUUUAGUUGAAAUAAAUGCAGAAUCUCAUGUGGUUCUUUUAAGCGCUUUUACUGAAUUUUCAAAUGUAGAGGAAGGGAAGAGAAAGGGUAAAGAGGUUCAUGCUUACCUGAUUCGCAAUGCCUUGGUUGAUGCCAUUUUGAUUGGAAAUGCACUUGUCAAUAUGUAUGCAAAAUGUGAUGUCAUUGAUGAUGCUCGGUCAGUUUUUCAUCUCAUGCCUAGCAAAGAUAUUGUCUCAUGGAACUCCAUGAUCUCUGGCCUUGACCACAAUGAGCGAUUUGAGGAGGCAGUUGCUUGUUUCCAUAAAAUGAGGAGAAAUGGAAUGGUACCCUCAAAAUUUUCAAUCAUUAGUGCUUUGAGUUCAUGUUCAAGCUUGGGUUGGAUCAUACUAGGACGACAGAUACAUGGUGAAGGGAUCAAAUGGGGGCUUGAUUUGGAUGUUUCAGUUUCAAAUGCUCUUCUAACAUUAUAUGCUGAAACUGAUUAUAUCAGUGAAUGUCAGAAAGUUUUCUUUCUCAUGCCAGAGUAUGAUCAAGUUUCUUGGAAUGCUUUUAUUAGUGCACUAGCAAAUUCAGAGGCAUCAGUCUUACAAGCUAUAGAAUAUUUCCAGGAGAUGAUGCGAGCUGGAUGGAGACUUAAUAGAGUGACGUUUAUAAAUAUUUUAGCAGCAGUUUCUUCUCUUUCAUUUCUUGAACUGGGCCGUCAAAUUCAUGCUUUAAUCUUAAAAUAUUCUGUUUCUGAAGACAAUCCUAUUGAGAAUUUGCUUCUAGCUUUCUAUGGAAAGUGUAUGCAGAUGGAGGACUGUGAGAUUAUUUUCUCUAGAAUGUCUGAGCGGAGAGAUGAAGUCAGUUGGAACUCAAUGAUUUAUGGAUAUAUACACAAUGGAAUCCUGGACAAGGCCAUGGAUUUUGUAUGGUUUAUGAUGCAAAGGGGGCAAAGACUGGAUGGUUUCACAUUUGCGACUGUUCUUAGUGCUUGUGCUUCAGUUGCAACACUAGAGCGCGGUAUGGAAGUUCAUGCAUGUGCAAUAAGAGCUUGUUUAGAAUCUGAUGUUGUUGUCGGAAGUGCACUAGUUGACAUGUAUGCAAAAUGUGGGAAGAUAGAUUAUGCUUCAAGAUUCUUUGAAUUGAUGCCUGUGAGAAACAUAUAUUCUUGGAAUUCAAUGAUUUCAGGUUAUGCACGGCAUGGACAUGGACAAAAAGCUCUAAAGCUUUUCACAAAAAUGAAACAGCUUGGCCAACUGCCAGAUCAUGUCACGUUUGUUGGGGUCUUAUCAGCUUGUAGUCAUGUAGGAUUAGUUGAUGAAGGAUUUAAGAAUUUCAAAUCAAUGAGUGCAGUGUAUGAACUGGCUCCGCGGAUAGAGCACUACUCUUGUAUGGUAGAUCUCCUCGGGCGUGCCGGUGAUGUUAAGAGAAUAGAGGAUUUUAUCAAAACAAUGCCGAUGGAACCUAAUGUCCUCAUUUGGAGAACAGUUUUAGGGGCAUGUGGUCGCCGUGCUAAUGGCCGCAAUACAGAGCUAGGACAGAGGGCUGCAAAGAUGCUUAUUGAAUUAGAGCCACAGAAUGCUGUGAACUAUGUGCUUCUUUCUAACAUGCAUGCUGCUGGUGGGAAAUGGGAAGAUGUAGCGGAGGCGAGGUUGGCAAUGAAGAAGGCUUCAGUGAGGAAGGAAGCUGGGCGUAGUUGGGUGAACAUGAAGGAUGGAGUUCAUGUGUUUGUGGCUGGAGAUCAAACACACCCAGAAAGAGAAAAAAUCUAUGGAAAACUCAAGGAGCUAAUGAGCAAAAUUAGGGAUGCUGGAUAUGUGCCUGAAACCAAAUAUGCACUCUAUGAUCUUGAACUUGAAAACAAAGAAGAACUACUCAGCUAUCAUAGUGAAAAGUUAGCAAUUGCUUUUGUUCUCACUCGCAAAUCUGAACUGCCAAUUAGAAUAAUGAAGAACCUUCGGGUUUGUGGUGACUGUCACACUGCUUUCAAAUACAUAUCAAAUAUUGUUAGUCGACAGAUAAUUUUACGAGAUUCCAAUAGAUUUCACCAUUUUGAUGGUGGCAUAUGUUCUUGUGGAGAUUAUUGGUGACCAUUGACUAAUGCUGAAUAGUUAUGGAUUUUCUUUGGUGUUACAAUAUGGAAA